AUGCAGCUGGACUGGAUCAAUGAGCGGCUUUCUGCUAGCGCAGGUCCUGCCACAAGCUCUGGAAUUGAUUGGGCGUGCUGUAUCCCUGAUCCCAUAAACGAGAACAAAGCUGACUUCGGUAGAAAAACGGUCCUCUGGCUAUGCGAGAGGUUCUUGGUCAGCUUCGGCGAGCAAGUUCUGUUUCUGCAAGACGAAGACAUCCAUACAAUAUGUUCCGCAUUUUCGAACCCUGAUCGUCCAGAUCAUGAAGUGGCAAAGGUCCUUUGUAUAGUGAAACGCCUUAUAAAGGCGAUAGCGGAUGGGGAAGAAGAAGAGAUUAUGGUAGCAAAUCUGGAGGACUUAAACAGUGAGGAAAAAGAGCAGUUCAGGCUGGCAAUUCGGCGCCUAAUUGCUGUCAACGUACCAUUCAUCGGAGCUGUCGGCCUUCUUGGCAAGGACUUUGUCCACACCCGAAACUCACGAACCAUAGCCAGUGGCGUUUUGCUAUUUGCUGCUGGUGCAUCACUUUUGGUCGCAGCGCCCAUUGCCGUUGUCUGCGGUGUGCUCUCUGCUGGGUUUGGUACCGCAGCUUAUACGAAGCAUGCAGCGUACAAGGACGUGGAGCAACGUUCAGAGGAGUAUAAAGGGUACAAGCGACUCAUGGGAACCUAUUUCAGAGUGGAUAUUGAGACUUCACAGCCAAAUCACUACCUGCAACAAGAAGCGCAGGCCAUUUGUGCUAAGAUCAUGGACAUCAGGUCUGUAGUCCAGAAGCAUGCAAAGGAUUGGGAAAUCGAGUUCGCUGAAUAA